AUGAUGCCGCUUCGAAUAGAGGGUCCGGGCGAGGUUGCCCCUGGUACUGUCCGGGCGCUCUAUCAUAUCCAACACCUCGACUUUUACCACUUGCACCCUUCCUUCGUCACCGUCUUGUGCUACCAUCCGAUGGGCUCCACCGUUUCGCGGUACUACGCAGCGACCGUGCAGGCGCACCCCUCCAAGGCUCGUUGGUCUGUCGACGAGAUCCCUGAUUUGACUGGCAAAGUUGCCGUCGUUACGGGAGGUAACUCGGGAAUCGGCUACGAAACUUGCAAGCAACUCCUCAUCCACAACGCCAAAGUGUACAUCGCAGCCCGAGACGAAGGGCGAGCGAGCAAGGCAAUUGAAGAGUUGAGAGGCGAGACGGGUAAAGAGGCGUUGUUCCUCAAGUUGGAUCUGGCGGAUAUGAAGGCGGUUAAGGCUGCGGCUGAAGAGUUCCUCGCGAAGGAGGACGCGCUGCAUAUCUUGAUCAACAACGCCGGCGUGAUGAAGUGCCCCAUCGACUGGGUAACCGUCGACGGAUACGACAUGCAGUUCGGCUGCAAUGUCAUCGGACAUCACUUCUUCACCCAACUUCUCUUGCCUGCCUUACUGGAAGGGACAAACCGUACCGGCGAGAAAUCGCGCGUCAUAACGUUGUCAUCCGCUGCGAGCUAUCUAGGCUCUGGGGUCGAUUUCGAGACAUUCGUAGAUGGCAAGAAGCGCAGGAAGACUUCGUCUGAGCUGUUAUACUGCCAGAGCAAGCUGGCCAACGCCAUCGUCUCGCGCGAGUUCUCGAGGCGGUACGGCGACAAGCUGGUGUCGAUCGGCACGAAUCCAGGGAACAUAACGACGCCUUUGUACCGACACAUGAGCACCCUACACAUGCUCGUAGUCAAAUUCGUGCUCAAUCCGCAACCUCAGCCGAUGGGCGCCAUUACCCAGCUGUACGCAGCUACGGCGCCGGAAUGCGCGGACAAGAACGGCAAGUUCCUUGUACCAUGGGCACGCGAGGCGCUGCCACAUCCGAAGGCGCUGGACCCCGAGCUCGGAGCGAAGAUGUGGGAUUGGCUGGAGAACGAGUGCACGAAGUACACAUAA